GCUUAAAAACUCUCUAAUCUUCUUCCUCUUUUUUAACUAUCCACCAAAGAAAAUGGAUUCAAGUAGCGAGAAGAUAAGCUACAAUGCUGGCCAAGCCAAAGGCCAAGCUCAGGAAAAGGCUGGUUCUUUGAUGGAUAAAGCUAGCGAUGCUGCUCAGGCUGCUAAAGAAUCCCUUCAGCAGGCUGGUCAGCAGAUGAUGGAGAAAGCACAAGGUGCGGCUGAUGCAGUGAAGGAUGCAACUGGGAUCAACAAGAAGAACUAAUUAAUUAAUUAAUUAAUUGAUGAAAGAGGGAUUAACAUUAAUUAAUCCUCUAAGUUUGAUUAUUUACGUUGUUGCUAAUUAAUUUUGGGUUUCAUAAUAUAUAGGGCAUUAAUCAUAUGUAAUUUUGAUGCUCUAGUUUUUUUUUUUAAGUUCUCUUUUUGUUUAGUAACGUUAUUCCUACUGCA